AUGUCGGAGAAGAUGGUAAGACGUCGCUCUUCUGCAUUCGAAGUCCAAAUGGAGACUUUAGAGGAAAACAAAACAAAAGAAUCCACAGAAUCAAAAGCUAGCAAAGAAAGCGGAUCCGUCAGCGAAGGCCUGGAACAAUUUGGAGAAGACACCGACUUCCACGGACUGAAGCGUGUCUUCAGGAGAGACUAUACACUGUUACGCAGAACCUUUUGGUUGUUUUUCUUUCUGGCGGGUCUUACGGGUUUUAUCGCCAACACAGUUGACAGGCUGAGCUAUUACUUGCAGUAUCCACACUCGUCUGAGCUAGACGUGAUGUAUGAUAUGGAGUUAGAGUUUCCAGCCGUUACCAUAUGCAACAUGAACUCCUAUAGACUAUCCGCUUUGACAGACGUUGAUAUAUUACAUUUUGGUGAAAAACUGCACAUUUUAGAUGAAAACCGCCGCCUUAUACACCCAGAAUAUUACAACCAGAGCUGGGUGGAUUGGGUACACGGUAUUAAUUGGACAGAGUUAGCUGCCAACGAUGACGAAGAAAAUUUUGACGUGCUUGAAUUUAUACGUCGAACCGGCCACCAGCUAGAAGACAUGAUACUGCUGUGUUCGUGGAAAGGGCAGCACUGUGGUCCGGAAAACUUUACCUCGGUUUUCACUCAUUUUGGCAUCUGUUAUACUUUCAAUGCUGACCAUUCUUAUAAGUACGUAUCACGAAAGGCUGGUGCGGGAAACGGGUUGAAGUUAUAUAUCAACAUCGAAGAAGAAGAGUAUUUGACUUCGGAUGUCCUAGCAGGGCAAGAUGCUGGACUGAAGAUGGUUAUUCACGCUCAGGAAGAGCCUCCAUUUGUGAAGGAGUUGGGAUUUGGAGUGCUACCGGGGGACCACCAUUUUAUCGCUAUACAGAAGAAAUACGUUCACAACUUGGUUCCUCCAUGGGGAAACUGCUACGAAGGGAAACUCAAGUAUUACUCUCAUUAUAGCGUCCCUGCCUGCAGGAUAGAGUGUGAAACAGAUACCAUCGUAAAAGAGUGUGGCUGCAAGCUGGCCGAAAUGCCAGGCAACACAUCCGUAUGUCUAGGACAUAUGUACAUGGGAUGUGCCUAUCCAGCCUUAGAGGAAGUGGAGCACUCAGACUUGUGCUCCUGUCAGAAUCCAUGUGAUAUGACCACCUAUAGGCGAGACAUCUCUUCCGUAAGGCUUCGAGAUACUACCUUAGAUAUCAUAGCCGAAAAUAACCCGCAAGUUAAACGGGAAACACUAAGCAGAGAUAACCUGCUGGUGCUGAACAUCUAUUACGAAGAGCUGUGCUAUGAGACCAUCAGACAAAUCAAAGCAUAUUCCAUACCAGCACUGCUAAGCGACAUAGGAGGCCAGAUGGGUUUGUUUAUUGGGGCUAGUGUUCUGACUCUGCUGCAUGUGAUCGAGGCCGUUGGGGCGGUUGUUGGUGGAAAGUUCCUCAAGACAACAAAGCAAGGGCGUGUCAGUACAACUCGGGUCCAAAGUUUGAAGUGA